GGUGGUUAAACAACAGUUAGGCCAACCGUUUGUACCCAUCCAUGCUUGUGUACUUGUAUUAUAUGUCUAUGUGUUUUCAUCUAGUAUAUCUUCCCAACUCAACUCGACUUCAAUUCAAUUCAAUUGAUUUGAAUCAAAGCAAAGCAAAGCUGUUGGGUUAUUGGUCGCCAUCUCUCUCCUGAUCAUUUCACCCUCCAAGCUUUCCUUUCAUCUUCUUCACUUGUAGUCUCUACAACUUUCUUCGACUCAUCCCCUUUUUAUUCCUUUCUCUACUGCUCUACAUACAGAUACAUACAUACAUACAUAUAUAUAUAUAGAUAGAUAGAUAUACUUGUCUGUCUGGGGGAGAUCAGUUAAUUGAUCGAUCGAUCGAUCACGUGGAUUAUUCAUUAAUCUUCGAUGAAUCCAAGGUAUCAUGUCUUCACACACGACUCCCUCUGCGGCAACUCUGUUUCUUCUUCUCUUCCAGAGGACAGGAUUUCUCUGACCACUACCGAUUCAAGGCCUUUACCUCCUCCUCGGAGUUUGUCUCCUCCGCUGUUGGUUCGUGUGGCGAUGAAGAUAUCGCGGUCGAGAUGCUACGCCUUUUUGAGAAGAGUCUUCCAUUACCAGAACGGAUCCGGCUCCGACCUCGGCCCCAAUCCCUUCGACUCCAAGAAAUGGAUGUUCGUCGAAUUCAUGGCCUUAAUCACCCAAAUAUCUCUCACCGCCUACACUUUGAUCACCUCCAAAACAGAAAAGCCCGUUUGGCCUAUGCGAAUAUGGCUCUCCGGCUAUGCCUUCGGAUGCUUUCUUAGCGUCGCAAUCCUCUUGUGGCGCUAUCGCCUCGCUCAUCAUUCCCACGACGAUAUCGAGCAACAACACAACAACAACAACGAAGAAUCGAGAAGCUUGCAGUGCAUGCAGAGAUGCAGGGCUUCGAUCGAGCUGAUAUUCGCAAUAUGGUUCGUGAUGGGUAACGUGUGGAUAUUCGAUUCGCGAUUCGGUUCAUACCACCGCGCGCCAAAGCUCCACGUCCUCUGCAUCUCCCUGCUGGCAUGGAACGCCGUCAGCUACUCGUUCCCAUUCAUACUAUUCGUGCUGCUCUGCUGCUGUGUGCCGUUGCUCAGCGCACUCCUAGGCUACAACAUGAACACAGCCUCCAUCCAACGAGGCGCAUCCGAAGAGCAGCUCGCCGGCUUGCCUAGCUGGAAAUACAAGGAUGCCGACUACAGCGAAGAUCCCGAAUGCUGCAUAUGCUUGGCUAAGUACAAAGACAAAGAAGAAAUCAGGCAGCUGCCAUGUGAUCAUAUUUUUCAUCUCAAGUGUGUGGAUCAAUGGCUUAGGAUUAUCUCCUGCUGUCCUCUUUGCAAGCAAGGCAUAGAUAAAUGAUAAUUAUACAUAAAAAAUUGAAUGCAAAUAAAUUUCAAUACAAGUUUUUUUUUUUCUUCUUUCUUUAUUUCUUUGUUCUGCCAUUUUCAAGAAAAGGGUUUAGCUAGAUUGUGCCCGCAAAUGCAUGAGUGGAGGAGAUUCUGUAUAUUUUUGGCUCCCCGGAAAGUAGAUACUGCAUCUGGAGAGGAUCUUUUAUAUAUAUAAAUAUAUAUAUAAUUUUUUUGGGUAUAUUUUGAAAUGUUGUUGUGGCUGCUGAUAUGGUGGUUGUAUUUACAGUUUGAGUAAUUCAUGGAGACAAAGUUUGAAGUGGAAGGAAACAUUCUUGCAAAAUUUCCUUUUGUGGUUGGGACAAAAUAAGUUGGUAGAUUGCUGUCCUAAGUUUUGUGUGACAGGACAACAAUGCCAACAUUAGGUAGCCUAUCUUCCAUCAUGCUUUCGAAAUAAUGUUCACCAAAUCUUUGUAUGGUACCUCAUCCAUGUAUGAUGUUUAUU